UCGUUCAGUGUUUUGACGACUGUUAUAGCUAUAGUUGCUAUCAUUUGUAACGUAAUAAGAGCUAAGGCAGCUGCACAAGAAAAAUCAUAAAUUAAAACCUGUGGGAAAAUCGCUCCGCCGUGCUUACAAACAAAGUGGAAAGAGGCAUCAAAACAAGAUACCCACAGUAAACUGAACCGAGUACAAUCCCACGUGGCUUAAAUUGUUGUUAAAUUGUUGCCAGUGUAGAGUAUCGCAGUGCGCAGCAUGCCUUGGAGAUCAUACUAGGUAGUGCGUUUGUGCUUUGUGCUCCUGAACUGUAGGUCGGUAAAUCACUUUGUUAUACGGUCCGAGUGAGAUAGAGUAUGCCGAAGCUUGUGGCAACUGUUUGAACUAUACAAAUUCGAACAUGUCGUUCUUUAUCAAGGCUAAUCGUGGCCGAAAAUGGAACGAUAAACAUGGCAAGAGUGGUACCAGAAGCAGAAAAUUUGCUGCCUUGCCUCCGCCUGUUAAAAAAUCAAAACGUGACCUGGAAAUCAGUUCCGAUGAAGAUGAGAUUGAGGAUGACUCAUAUAGUACGUUGCGGUUAGGCGAAGCUGAAGGUAAUGCAAGCGAUUCAACAAAAAGCGACUCCGACGCAGACGUUGAGGAGACGGCAGAGCAGAAAAAGCUUCGUUUAGCUAAGGCGUACCUCGAUGAAGAGCGAAGAAAACAAGCAGAAAAUGACGUUGACGAGGAGCUUAAGCACAAUCUUAUUGCACAUAGGCUAAAAAGGGAUCUGUUGGGGCAGGCGGGCCGUCUCUUCAAACCGCUAGCUCGUUCAAUUCAAACUGUACAAAAGGACGCCAUAGUUCGUCUAAAAAAUCAGCAUCGUUUGCCAAUUACACGAGCUGUUAUAGGCCCUGACGAAAAGGUCCUGUUCUCUGCCUCCAAGGAUGGGACACUUGUCCGGUGUUGUCUGUUUGAUGUCGGCGGUUUUACCUCUUUUACUAGGAGCGUCGAUACCGAAAGUUGCCAGGGACGACGGACUAUACGGGUUAAAAACGCGCAUGAUGCCGCCGUUCUUGCUCUGGCCCUUUCAUCGGAUGGACGGUUUCUGGCUAGUGGCUGUGCGAAGAACGUGCUUACCAUUUGGAAUCCUGAUUCGCUUGAGAAAAUGCACACCUUUGGCACCGCUCAGCAUCGUGGCAAGAUCACAGGUUUGGCAUUUCGUUACGGAACGCAUCAGCUCUUCAGUUGUUCUGCAGACCGUACGGUGAAGUUGUGGAACCUGGAUGAAAUGGCUUACGUUGAAACGUUGUUUGGCCAUGAAGAUACCGUUACAUCCGUCGAUAGCUUCAUUAAAGAUCGUGCGCUGACAUCGGGCGGACGGGAUGGAACGCUUCGCUUGUGGAAGAUUCCGGAAGAGUCACAGCUCGUAUUCCAAGGUAAUCAGUCAUCGGCUGAUUGCUGUGCAAUGGUAAAUGAUGACACGUUCGUAUCAGGCCAUGACGAUGGGAAAGUAUAUCUCUGGAAAAUAAUGAAGAAAAAGCCCGUUGCAAGUGUUACCGUUUCAGCCCCUGGCGAAUGGAUUACAGCUUUGAGCGCUGUACGAUCCAGUGAUUUUGUAGCUGCGGGAUCGAGUUGCGGAUACAUCGCACUACUCAUGGUGGUUAACAGUGAACGCGGCUCUGAAGGCAAGCCAGCCCUGGAAGAAGUUCAACGGAUCCAGUGCAUUGGUUUCGUAAACUCAUUGGUCUUUUCUGCUUCUUCCCGACUGCUUAUUGCAGCAGUAUCGCAAGAGCACGCCCUUGGUCGGUGGCAAAGGAUCAAGGAGGCUAAAAACGCCGUUCAGGUGUUUCCCUUGAAGUAUGAUACUAAUUAUAACCAAGAUAAGAAGGCGGUUUUGGAUAAAGCGGCCUUAAGCGAUGUACGAGAAUUAAUAUCUUAGCUGUACAGAAAGCAAGUUUGUUUUUCAGUGAUUCGCAGAAAAUAAUGAAUAAAAAAAAAACGUUGCUGUAAACAGGAGA